AUGCUGGUAUUGUCGGUUUCUCCGACAAAAACUCCCCCAGAGAGACUUGCAGGGAUUCCUGACAAUUUGGCCGUUUCUCAUGUUGAGGUUGGUCAGUUGUCGUUUGAAGUUCCGAGCCUCUUGGUGGAUUGUUUCAGCUAUAUUGCCAAAGAUGGCUUAGUAGAAGGAAUCUUCCGUGUGAAUGGUUCUGUUCGCAGAAUUCGUGAAGUAUCCUCUGAUUUCAAUAACUACAAAUCGUGGCUUGAUAACUCAGAGAAAAAACCUCUGCCCCACGACGUUUGUGGUGUUAUUAAACUGUUUCUUCGCGACUAUACAACCUCAAUGAACGGAUUGUUCAGCCCUUCGUUUUUGCAAGCGAUCCGCAAAAUUUACUUAUCUCAAAUUAGACAUAACAGUGCUGUCAGUUCAAGUUCGGGCUUUAGUGGCAACUCGUCUGUUUCUGUGCUGUCAAGCUCAUCUGCGCUUCCCUGCAUUGAUGAGGUUGGUGAUGCCGAAAGAAUCAGAGAACUAAAUGUGCAUCCAUUUGCCGAGUCUGUAGCGCACUUGCUUCUUACCAAAAAUUCAUCCCGGAGGAACAACUUGUUCUUUUACCUUAUUUACACCCUACGAGAAAUACUGGAUCAUCAAGAGAUAACGAAAAUGACACCCGAGAACCUCUCUAUUAUCUUCCAACCAUACAUAUUUACCUCGACGAACCUCUCAGUGUUGCUGACGUUGCAAGAAAUUCUUGCCCUUCUCAUAAUCAAUGAAAAGCAAUUGAUCGAAGAGUACCAAAAGAAUUACAGCGUUUUAGGGGAAUGUGUUGAUGAAGCUGACACGGACGUAAUAUCUGUAACGUCAUUAUACUCCCCAUCCAAAACUACAUCGACAGACUAUUCUUCUGUUCAAGCUUCGCCUAGUAACAAUCCAAGCAAUGGAAUGCCGGACGCUGGCGGCCGGUUCUCUAUAUCGCAAAAGUUCAGCUCUUUUUGGGAUGGCUACACACUGCCAUUUAGCAAGUCUAGACGUUUCUCCUUUAUGUCCCGUGAGUCUGACAAAUCCUCCGAUGAUCUUGGUUGCCCAGGCUCAUCUGUCUGUCCACACGAGAACAACAAGUCUAUGGAAAGCAUUGAGAAUAUUUUUGUCUCUUCAAAUGCAUAUCGAAAGCCUAUCGAAUUACUACUGGCAACUGAAGAGCGAGGAGCAAGUUUGGAAAGAAAUGUCUCUGCCGAUAGAUCGAGAAGAAACUCUUCUAAGCCGAAGAGAAGAUUGUCUAUUUUUGGAGCUCACCGUAGCCCGAGCUCUGACAAUACUAAAAUAGAGAGAACACGGACAAUUAGUAUUAGCAAGUCUACCAAGAGCAUUACAGGUGAACCAGUGAAUAAAUCCGUGGACGACUUGCUACUUUCAACUCAUAAGCCAGAGCUGGCUCCGGGAACGAAAAAUCUUAUGAGUAGACGUCUUUCUUUGUGGAUAAAGAAAACUUGA